UUUUUUUAUUGCAGUGUUUAUUUCGAUCAAAUCUCAUUGGCGCUUUCGCAUAUUCAAAUUUCGCGCCUCAAGAAGUGACGGUUGACGCUCCUAAAUUUGAAAAUGCAGGCCUGAGGCUUGAGCGCUGAUUCUUUGUGAAUACCUUCUAAUUUGCUUUAUUUAAUAGUGGUUAUUUUUAAAGUUUGAUAGGCUUUGUUCAGUGGAAACCGCAUUCAGGACAUUCUGCUAAUCAUUUCUCGCAACGGAGUUACUGGAGAACCGUCAUACGGGUUUGGAGCGACGGUUUUGUGUCGUUUGACCUCGAGCCCCAGCAGGUCACAGAGCGCCGUCAUGUCAAUCAGAGCCAGCUGACGAACCUUCUUCAUGUCCUGCUGGGAAAGAUCCAGCACCCGCGUCACUCCCAGCCGGCACUGCGGACAGAUGACCCGCUACACACGGAGAGAGAGACAGGGAAAAGGAGGAGGUUCAGGAUGAAGGGUGGAGGUUUGGCAGGGAGCUGCAGCCCCUGCUAGAUUCACCGCCUCACCUUCAUCACCACCUUCAUCACCCUCAUCAUCAUCAUCAUGGCCAAUCACCUGGAGCUGCUGACGGAGCUGCAGCAGCUGGAUAAGGUGCCCAGUCUGGAGCGGCUCCGGGCCGCGCAGAAGCGACGCACGCAGCAGCUCAAGCGAUGGGCCGUCUACGAGAAAGAAAUGCAGAACAAGAAGCGCAAGGCCGACAAACGGCGCGGCCACGGGAACCUGCUGGAGAACCGCAGGAGGGUUUCUUUCGCGGCGAGCAUCGCUCUGCUGGAGGCCUCGGCGAGGAACGAUCCGGAUGAAGUGCGAUAUCUACUGAAGAACAACUUGAGUCCUGAUCUGUGUAACGAAGACGGACUGACGGCCCUGCACCAGUGUUGUAUUGAUAACUAUGAGGAUAUGGUGCGGAUCCUGUUGGCUCAUGGAGCGACUGUCAACGCUCAGGACAAUGAGCUCUGGACGCCACUUCAUGCUGCUGCAACAUGUGGACACACAGGCCUCGUCAAGAUCCUCAUCCAGCACGGCGCUGAUCUCUUAGCAGUGAACUCGGAUGGUAACAUGCCCUACGACCUCUGUGAGGACGACCCCACGCUUGACAUCAUCGAGACCGCCAUGGCCAACCGAGGCAUCACACAGGAGAUGAUCAAUGAGACGAGAGCAGCGGUGGAGAAGAGGAUGCUGGGAGAUAUUCAGAACCUUCUGCAGGACGGAGCUGACGUCAACCAACACGACUCCCAGGGGGCCACGCUGCUGCACAUCACAGCGGCGAACGGUUACGCACAGGCUGCAGAGAUGCUGUUGGAGGGCGGAGCCAGAACAGAUAUGAGGGAUUCUGACGGGUGGACGCCGCUACACGCCGCAGCAUGCUGGGGACAGGUCCAUGUGGCCGAGCUUCUGGUUUCUCAUGGUGCCAAUCUAAACGCCAAGACGUACAUGGAGGAGACGCCCAUAGAUCUGUGUGAGGAUGAGGAGUUCAGGAAUCAUCUGCUGGAGUUGAAGCACAAACACGACAUCAUCAUGAAAUCACAGCUGAAGCACAAGACGUCACUGUGCCGCCGGACCAGCAGCGCCGGCAGCCGCGGGAAAGUGGUGCGGAGAGCCAGUCUGUCCGACAGACACAAUCUCUGCAGGAAAGAGUAUCAGACCGAAGCCAUCGUGUGGAGAGGAGGACGAGAAAAAGAGGAGCGAGAGCGAGAGUCUGAGCAGGAAAACAGCCAUUCGACGCAGCCGGACGACGCUCCUCAAGUGCCGGGGAUCCUGAAGGACGGCAGCCAACAGAACGGCUGCAUCUCCAGCACUCCAGCGCCGCCCGCGUCGAACGGUGACCCCGUGACCCCUGACCCCUGUGACCCUGACCCGGCGCCCUCCGCCGAGGAGCUCAAGCCCAAAGAGCGCGCGCAGACGCUGUCCGAACUCAAGAAGCAGCGUGCCGCCGCCAAACUCCUCGCCCUGCCCGUCCUCAACGGCCACCUGGGAAACGGCUCGACCAAACCCAGCCCCGAAGAUCCACGCAUGCCGCUGGUCUCGUCCAAUGGCAGCGCGGUCUACUUCACGCCGGCCAGCGGAGACCCGCCCCUGCUGAGGCUCAAGCAGCCAAUAGAAGACGAGGAUCCCAAGAAUGACAGCUGCUGCUGCAUCUCAUAAGACGCUUUCUAGGAACUUAAAGGAUAAGUUCACUUCCAGAAUGCACCUUUUUCACAUGUGCGUGUUUCGUCAUAGUUGGGUUAACUUAAAGAGCGGUGAAUGGGAGAGUACCACAAAUAUGUUUUUUGCAUUCCCAAUUGAUCUAAUGGCAAAAGAAAAACUCCACGAUAAUAGUGUUUUCAUGACUUUCAAUAAAAUAAAAAAAUUGAGAGAGACUGAAAACGACAGUCAGAAGAGAGAACGAUGUCAAAUUUACCGUCUCUCCCAUAAACUUCGCCUAGUUUUUUUGUAAUUUGAUGCAAAGGUAAUAUAAUACAAAGUAUAGUGUUAUAAAUGCACAUACAUUCAAAAAAAAAAAAAAAAAAUGUAAAAAACUUUUGAGGAUUUAUGAUGCUGAUGAACGUUAAAUGCAUCAUCACAAUCUUGUGAAAAGGGUCCAUCGAAAUUCCCUGAAAAUUCACUCAACUCGGUGUCAUCCAAAGUGUUCAUGCCUUUCUUUCUUCGGUCGCAAAGAAAUACAUUUUUUGGAGGAAAACAUUCCAGGAUUUUUCUCCAUAUAGUGGACUUCAGUGAUUUGAACGUCCAAAAUGCAGCUUCAAAGAGGAAUCCCAGCUGAGGAAUAAGGGUCUUAUCUAGUGAAACGAUCGGUUAUUUUCUUUAAAAAAAUGUAUAUUUAUACACUUUUCAACCACUAAUGCUCAGCUUGCUCUAGCUCUGCGAUGCACGUCUUUAUUAGCUGAUGUUGGAAAGGUCUCAGUGUUUACAAAGCAAACAUGCAAAGAAAGUACAAAAAAGGUAAAACAACGAUGUCUGAUGAUUUUAAUGUUGGAGGAGAAAAUGAGAUGGAGUUUUUAAACGAAGUGCAAAGACGAAGAACUAACCGCGUGUGACCUUUCCAACAGGAUUAUGUUAUGUGUGAAGACGUGCAUCACAGAGCAAGAGCUAGCUGAGCAUUUGUGGUUAAAAAGUGGAUAAAUAUUACAUUUUUAAAGAAAAAAAAGCUGCAUUUUGGACGUUCAAAUCACUGGCCACCAUUGAAGUCCACUAUAUGGAGAAAAAUCCUGGAAUGUUUUCCUCAAAAAACGUAAUUUCUUUGCGACUGAAAAAAGACAGGCAUGAACAUUUUGGAAGACACGGGGUGAGUAAAUUAUCAGGGAAUUUUUAAUCUGGAAGUGGACUUAUCCUUUAAGGCGCUUUUGCAUCGGAGGAACCUUUCCAUAGUUCCUAGAUCUUCCUCAAAAAGCGGAAUCUUCCUUCGGUGCGAAAGCGCCGCCUAUUGAGCCAAUCACAGGAUCCCGAGCAUCUGAUUGGCUGAACCCCAUCAGUGCUUUUAUUUGUCAUUCCAAACCUGGAGGUCUGAAGAGGCGUUUGGGAUGAACCCUCUCUGAAACCUGCGUGGGAACUUCUCAAAGCGGAAGGAAUUGAUCUCGUUCAGGCUUCCCAGGUUAAAUGUGUGACUUAUGCUUCUCUAUUUCACUUCCAGCAGCAGAUCGAACGACAGACGAUUCAUUCCACCUGUGUAACGUGCGAUUGUGGUGGUGCACAGACAGACAGCCGCCGCUCUCCUGUAUAGUAUUUAUUUGUAUAUGUGCAUAGAGCCACUCUUCUAUAAGAUUAUUUAUUGUAUUCCAGAGAGAUGAAGUGACGGACGGAGCACAAACGAGUCAGUAUUUUUCUAAGACAGUGUUAUAACGACCAGAUGAAGUAUUUGAACUCACAUUUCACACUCAAAUCACAUGUCAUAUUUUUUGCAUUGUGACAUAAUUUUCAUGACAGUUCAACACCAAAAGCUGAAGGAAAAAUGACUGUAAUUUUACUUAAAUCAGCAGCACAGUAAAUACUAACAUGAUGCAUAAAUGCUAAAUAAUUUAAAUAACAAAUCAAAUUAAAUGUAUCAUUAUUUUUUCUGUUAUAGUCAUUUUACAGACAUUUUUUGUGAGAUUUUGUGAAACGCUUACUGUUAUGAAAAUGUCACGGUGCAAAAAAAAAAAAAAAAUCAUAUGUGACCCUGGAGCACAAAAGCAGUCAUAAGCAGCAGCUAUAUUUGCAGCAAUAGCCAACAAUACAUUGUAUGGCUCAAAAUUAUACAUUUUUCUUUUAUGCCAAAAAUCAUUAGGAUAUUAAGUAAAGAUCAUGUUCCAUGAAGAUAUUUAGUAAAUUUCCUACCGUAAAUAUAUCAAAACUUCAUUUUUGAUUAGUAAUAUGCAUUGCUAAGAACUUCAUGUGGACAACUUUAAAGGUGAUUUUCUCAAUAUUUAGAUUUUUUUGCACCCUCAGAUUCCAGAUUUUCAAAUAGUUGUAUCUCAGACAAAUAUUGUCCAACAAACCAUACAUCAAUGGAAAGAUGAUUUAUUCAGAUGAUGUUUAAAUCUCAAUUUCAGAAAGUUGACCCUUAUGACUGGUUUUGUGCUCCAGUGUCACAUUUUUUAGUUCUUUUGAUGUGAAAUAUGACCCAGAUGUGUUUAUAUGAAGGAAGUGUUGAUCAGAACCCUUAAUAUACUGCUCCCUAUGAAGGGUUUAUUUAUUUCUUUGGAUCCGCUCGAUUGUGACACUCUGCUCUCGGGUGCCAAAGUCUUCCAGAGUGAUGGACAUCAGAAACGGCCAAUGAGGAUCCAGUGCCACUCCUGUAGCCCCGCCCACUCCUCAAGCUGCAUUCAUGCGUCAGAGGCGGGAAAGAAUGUAAAUAAUGCUUGGAAUGCGUUUCCUUCAGAUGAUGGAAAGGGUGUUAGUGAAAGGAGUGAUUAUAGACGUGCACACACAGUAUUCUGUAGCCUGUGAUUCUGAAACUGAAAUAUGAAUAGAGUUCACAUGCAAGGAGUUCGGCUUCCAUUUCUACUGAGGAACAUGAAGGGAAAAGAGCAUCACAACUACUGAUUUUAUAAUUUACUGGAAUAUACUGAUCACUGUAUUAACAUAUUUUCAAUAAAUUGUAUAUUUUGA